AUGGUGGUGGUGGUGCUGCUGCUGCUGUUGCUGCUGCUGCUCCUGCUGCUGUUGCUGCUGCUGCUGCUGGUGCUGUUGGUGGUGGUGGUGGGGGUGGUGCUGCCGCUGCUGUUGGUGUUGGUGGUGGUGGUGUUGGUGGUGGGGGUGGUGGUGGUGCUGCUGUUGGUGGUGGUGAUGGUGGUGGUGGUGGUGGUGGUGGUGGUGCUGCUGCUGCUGCUGAGCUUGUGCUGUCAGCAGCAGCAGCAAAAGCAAAAACAGCAGCUGCAACAGAAAGAGCAGCAGCAACAGGAGCAACAACAGCAAGAGAAGCCGCAGCAGCAGCAGCAGCAGCAGCAGCAACAGCAGCAACAGCAGCAGCAGGCCCGAAGCCCACCAUCCCAGCAGCAGCAGCGAACCGCAGCAGCAGCAGCAGAUGCAGCAGCAGCAGGUGAAGCAGCAGCAGAUGCCGCAACGAGAACUGCAGCAACAUCAGCAGACACGGCUAAGUGCCGCCGAAGCAGCAACAGGCAGCAGCAGGAGCAGCAGCAGCGGCAGCAGCAGCAGCAGGACCAGCAGCAACCACAGAAUGAGCAGCAACAGCAGCAGCAACAGCGGAAGGUGGAGCAGCAGCAGCAACAGCAACAGCAACAGCAGCAGCAGCAGCAGCAGCAGCAGCAGACAUUCGUGCUGCAGCUCCGUGUCUCCAUCGUUAUCUAUAGGAAGGCAGCAGCAAAAGGGAGCAGCAGCAGCUGCUGCUGCUAUACAAAGUAUAGGCCCAUGGGUUGUUGGGUUCUCUCUGCUGCUGCUGCUGCUGGCGGCCUUUUUGCUGCUGCUGCUCACAUGAAGUGCAGCAGCAGCUACGCAGCGUUUGCUGCUGCUGCUGCUGCAGCAGUUGCUGCUGCAGCAGCAGCUGUUGCUGCAGCAGUUGCUGCAGCAGCAGCAGCUGUUGCUGCAGCAGCAGCAGCAGUUGCUGCUGACGAUUGA